ACGGUUCAUUCGCGUGGCGACCGUCGCAUAACGAGGUGGUCCGAUACCAUCAUUAUAUCGCUCCAUCAGCAUAGCGUGUAGUUUUUACGUAGAUCGCUAGCGUGUGAUAAAGCCUCCUCGAGGCGUAUACUGCAGCUGCGCUUGGUUUUUUUUUCCUUCGGACGUGCUCCUUCUGGGUGUGAAUUGUUCCUCAAGCGUUGGGGAUGUGACAAGAAGGACAUUCUCUAGCGUGAAACUUUGUUUUUCUGUCACAUGAUUGAGUCAUUCGGUUUGGAUGUUUUUAUCAUCCCCGAUGGAUCCGAAACAUAAUUGUGUUUGAACAACUUGACCGAUUCCGCCAACCUUGGGCGGAUUAUCAGUGGCAGUGAGAAGCAUUAUUGUGAGUUGUGUUUUUUUCACUGCAUUUGAUAGCCGAUACAGUUUGUGAAACGAGUUGUUUCAUUACAACAGGUGGAAGCUGAUAAAGUGUAUUGUUGUUGGUAGCUUCAAACAAGGGCUUUUCCAUUCUGUGUUAUGAAAGAAUAUUGCAAGUUAAUCUGAAGCGCACUUUAUUAUUUACAACAGAACGAGCAAACGGAAGAAAAAACAACAGGGGGACGGUACAGAGAACAAGCAGAUGUGAAUGUUAUAUCCCCGACAACUGAAUGAAAUUAUCGAUCGCUUCCUGGUUCUCGUUCAACAUUCUCUGGAAGGAGUGUGAUAAAAAUAAACGAAAAAUAACACAUCUCCUGGUUUCUGAGGUGUUUCCGGUUCUGUGAAAUUUACUUUGCUAUUUAAAGCCUUCCAUUCAUCAGUAAACAGAAAAAAAUGUCCUUGCUGGUGGAAUCAUCUCCGGUUACCAUGGGUAUGACGCCACGGGGCUCCUCCUUGCGUCAAACAACCCCACAUUCACCCGACAACAAACAACAACAGCACCAGGAAUACCUGGACACUGGACUGAGUCCUCCGACGUCCGAUGGUUUCCUGGACGUCUCGCGGUCGCCAUCGUCUGUCGGAGAAACCUUCAUCUCAGCAGCCACCGAUGGACCACUUUCAUCACAUGCAGCAUCCGAUUCCUCCAGCGACAGCGAUAGCGAUGUGGAGCUCGAAGAGCUCGAGAAGGGAGCUCAGUCGCCUUCCCUGAACAGUCCCGGCCAGAAUUCGGCAACUGCUGCUGAUCGGGUACCUUCGCUUCCGCUGGAGAAUGGCAUCCUGCGGCCAGGGUCACCCGGUGAAGGACCCUCCGGAUCGACGUCUAUUUCAAUGUCUAUCGGUUCAAUGGGUGACGAUUCCGGCGAGCGAAGUCUUAACGAACCCUCAAUCGCCGUAUCCGUGAUACCGGAGAAGAAAGGAAUCUUCCUGAAACAUUCCGAGUAUGAGAUCAAAGCCAAAUCUUACGGUUCAGUUGUUCGGAGACGUUACAAGGACUUCGUAGUGUUGUACAAUUAUCUGCUCGAAAAGUAUCCAUACCGCAUCAUACCGAGUCUUCCACCGAAACAGCUGAUGCUCAACUCGUUGCUCGAAGAACGUCGCCGGGGUUUGCAGACUUGGCUCACGAUCAUCUCGAUGCAUCCGGUCCUCGGUAGCUCCCCGAUCCUGACCACCUUCCUGGGGGACAAAACGACCGACCAUCAGUACCGGAUGCGGGUUAUGUACGAAAAGCAGAUCGACGAAUUUGCCCGACUUCGGGAAGACGUCGAGCUACCGUUGCCCGAUGACCAGGAAAAUCUCGCCGCCAGCCGGGAUCGUCUACGCAAAGUGCUUCAAUCGCUGCAGCGACUGCGGAAGAUAUUCGACGAGCAGGCCUUCCGCGCCGAACAAUCCGCCCGGGACAUGGCCGAGGUCGACCAGAUCCUGCAGGGGCUCGAAGUGCGGGACGUGUUCGGCGAUCAGACAUUCGACGACGUGUCCCAGAGCGCACAAGCCGUCGCACGGCACUCGGAACGCUACAGCCAGCUGCAACGGAAUGCCGUCAACGAACGGAUCUACGUGCUCAUGGAAGUGCUCUCGGCACACAAUGAACUCUGCGAACGGGUGGAAAAGGGCAUUUUAGCCGAUUACCAGAAAGCUCUCUCCAGGACAAUCAACCUCGGAAAAAUGAAAAUGAAAACCGUUAUCCGGGGAAGUACGCCCGAAAACGUGUCCAGCCUGGCGCAGCGGGAAUCGGCCCAGUCCGGCGAGGCGGACGUCCUGUCCCGGAAGUGUGCCUUCGCGCUGCAGUGCGUGCGCAGCGAAACGGCCCUCACCGAGCGCUACCUGCAGUCGCUGCCCUCGAUUCUGCUUUCGUACGCCAACGAGGAGUCCCAGUACCACAGCAAGAUGUCGAAGAUUUGGCAUCAGCUGGUAGCUAGUGAGUCUUCCAAAUUGUGCUAAACACGCACUUCGUCUGUUGCGUUUUCGGUCAGAUUUAAAAAAAAUUGUUGAGGGAUUAUACGAAAACUUCCAGGAUAACUUUUUUAGGGUCGCAUUCCUAUCCAGCUGUAAUGUCAAAAAGUAAAAUAUUAUUAUUUUAAGUAUUAAUGGUAUAUUUGCACAAUCGUCGAUGGUCGUAGAGAGAAGGAAAAAACGCUCAAAAGUUAAGGGAAGGAAAAAAGUUUACCUGAUUUAGCAUCGUUAGAAAGCGUAUUAUAGGUGACCGUGUGAGGCACCCUCCCAGAGAGAUGGGAUGGAUAUGUGCAGAAUUGUUGUCUUCAAUAAUUGCCACAGAUUUAUACGAAAGCCAAAGUUUACAAUUGUUGUCUGUCAGUACACAAACUAGCGUUCCAUUUCAUUAUUUUUUAACUAUUAAGAAGCAACAAUGAUAUUGUGUACUAGUGCAUAUCGAUUAUUUAAAAAAAAAAAGCAGAUAAUAAAGU